CGACUUUUGGAUUGUUUGCGAUUAAGAAUUUGUAACUAAUUUUGUAUAAUCCUUACUUCAGUAAUCUUACACAUUUCUGGCAAAUAUGCAACUGAAGUUACAGAUUUAGAUGUGAAUAUAUUAAUGAAUUGGAGCCUUUGUGGUGGUGUCCUGUCCUUCCACGUAACGAAUGUGGCCCUCCAUGCCACAGUGGUGGUUCUCCUCAUGUAUUUUUGCCGAGAGGUGUUAGCGUGGAGAAGGGACGCAGCGGUUAUCGCCGCCCUGAUGUUUGCAUCGCACCCAGUUCACACAGAAGCGGUAUCCAGUAUAGUGGGUAGAGCGGAUGUUCUCUGUUGCGUUUUGUAUUUGUCUUCUUUGAUCGCUUGUUCCAGGGAAUCCUUAGCAUGGCAAGGAGUCAGCUUAGUAUGUGCUGGAUUAGCUUUGCUAGCCAAGGAGCAGGGCGUAACAGUGCUUGGAGUUUGCCUGACUUACCAGCUCAUUUUAUUGAUGGAAAAGAACUCGAACAG